UUGAGCUUUAGGGUUUCGCAAGAAGAAGAAGAAGGCGGUAUCAAAUGGGAAAAACCCGCAAGGAGAUCUGAUCUCCAGCUUUUCAUAUAUAUAUGGGUUUCAGGUGUAACCAACAAGCAACAGUAAAAAUGGAAAUGGAAGUUAAACAGAAAUACAAAAUAAAACAGUAAAAGCUAGCCACGUGUCUUCUUCAUGUUGGCUCGUUAAAACUCCACCCA